AUUCUUGACGCGACCAAUACGACACGUGCCAGGCGCCGGACGAUAAUCGAGUACUGCCAGAACCGACGAACACUCAUUGAUCCACCUUUCCGAUUGUUCUUUGUAGAAAGCGUCUGUGAUGAUCCAGCGAUUAUCAACUCAAAUAUUACUGAGGUGAAAAUCAACUCACCCGACUACAAAGGGAUAAUGUCGCAUGAGGAUGCCAAGGAGGAUUUCUUGAAACGAAUAGAAAACUAUAAACUACAGUAUGAACCACUUGACCAGGAAGAAGACGAGGAUUUGUCAUUUAUUAAG